UUAAAGGACGAACAUUGGAUCAGUGGACAUUUACGUUAUUCAUGCGGCAAAUUUGGCGUUUAUAAUAUCCUUGGUUGCAUUACGGACAAGGAACAUAACUUGGAAAUUGGUGAAACCUAUGUGUACAACAAUAUGGUUCAUCAGUGUUUUCAACGGAAUUCAACAGUUUACUAUCGACAAUUAAUCUGUGGUAUUUAUGGACAACCGGACUGCGACAAGAUCAACGAAGUCAGUAUUUUAUUUCAAUAUUUUGUUAAACAAAACUUUUUGGACUUGCCAACAGUUGAAUCGUUUUUUGAGCCAUUUGAGGGUGUACCAAAUCCAAAUGAAACCAAAAGUUUAAGUGCUCUUCCGGAAGGCUGGAAAAUUGUUGACGCCAAUAAUAAUCCAGUUGAAUUAUCCAGGUAUCAAGUCAUCGUUAAUGUUUUACCUGUUGAUAGUACACUAAAGACUAGUAUGAGGUCAAAAAGGUUUGUUAAACGACAAAGCAACUAUGGAAUUGGCACUUUUCAAGAAGAACCGUUAAAUGUUGCCGAAGAAGCUAAACAACGGCAACAUGAACGUAUAAUUGGUGUUGGGACUGGAACUGUUGAUUUAAACUCAAAAACUUAUCGUACUGCUGAAAAAAAUAUGCUGCCAGAUACCGUGGCCGGGACACAAAGUGCUGUUAAGUGGUCUGGUAAAACAGCAGUUGUGAACCAAAGAACAGUCGCUGUCGGACCCGGAACAUUUGUUUUUGGUACUUCAAAAACUGGUGGAUUUUUUAUGCAGAAGAACCAGAACUGACA